CCAUGUGUAUACAUGCCCAUACACCUGUGCACGUGUUGCCCAUGUUUUCCAGAGCAGCAGUUUCAUCCCCUGGCCAGCAGCUGGAAGAAGUGCUGGGGGUGCUACACUCCCUCUGUACAGGGGGUGGGAUCCUCCCUGCGCACCUCCAUUUAGUAUUUCCUUUCUCCCUUGUAAGAGUGCGUGUGGGCAUGAAAAUAGAUAUGUCCUCUCCUCCUAGCACAGCGUUUUGUGCUCCUGCCCCAGGGUGCUGGGGGAGGCUGAGUCCCAGCAGGUGAAUGGUCCCACGUGGGUUUCAGAAUCCUGGUGCAUGGCACAGGGCAAAUGCCGCUCUGAAGUGCAUGUAUUAGAAGGAUGCCAUCCCCGGGAUGGGGUCUGGUGCUUGGCGUGGGUGACGCUGUAGUUGUUUGUGUGUGUCAUGGCGGGAAGUGUGUGAAUGGAAUAAAUUUAGCAGUCAAAACACAGGGCCGGCACAGUUGGUCAUUAACUGCCAGCCCGUCUCGUCAUCCUGCAACCACAAGGAGCUUUUUUUAGGGCUGGCGUCCCGGCGGAGGCCAGAGGAAGCGUGGGAGGCCAGUUCCCGGUGACACCUCCACGCGUGGCAGCGCUGCCCGCCGGUGCCAUUGGCUGCCCCCUGCCUGGGGCUGGCGCCAGCCAGUGGUUAAAUGCCCGUGCGGCCACGCUGGGGCACACAGCCCGGGGCAUCCCAACACAGGCAGCCAGCUCAUCCCAUCCCGAGCACCAGAAGAGAUGCCAGCUUGUACCACACCUCAAGCCACAGGGACCAAAACCGCCAUGAGGGCCACGUUCCUGCUGCUGCUCCUCUGGGCCGUAGCCUGCGCUCACCCUGUGCCUGGCCGUGAGCCCGCCCGCCUCCAUCGCAGCACCCAGCAGGAGGACACAGCAAGUGAAGAUUACCUCAACAAGCUGGGCAACCUUUUGGGUGGUGGAGAUGGCAGACAUCCUCCGGCCAGUGCAGAGAGAGGGGACAAUGCCCUUGCUGGGGACCCGGCAGGUGGGAAUGCCGUGGGCGAGGAGCUGGGUGAGCAUGGUGGCCGAGAGAAGGGAGACAGAGUUGGGGACACUCAGCGCCUGAACUGGGUGGACCACAAGGACACAAGUGCCCGGGAUGGGAACAGCCUUGGUUUCCUGGAGGAGGAUGCACGUGAUGCUGAUGAUGGUGACAACAGAGAGCACCAUGGCACUGGAGUCAAUGGGCUUCCCUCCCACGCUGGCGGGCUCCUGGAUGAGGAGGAUGACAGUGGGGAUGACACCUUUGAUGUGAAUGGGGAAGAGGAGGGGAGUGAAGGUCCUACUUACAUGGCUGGUGCCGAUGGGGCAGGUGAACACGACCAUGAUGCUGGCCGUGGGGACGCCAGGGCUGGCAGAGGGCAUGGUGACAGCAGCAGCAGUAGCAGCAGCGAGAGCACUGGGGCGGACCACUGGCAGUAUAGGAACUACCUCAGCAGCCGGUAUGAGCGGACCUACAGGCAGGGAGGGGGCAGUAGCAGCAGCCAGGAGGAGGAGAGUUACGACUUUGAGGACGAAGCUAUGCAGGGUGAUGACCCCUCCAUCUUCGAUGGCCCGGGCAGCAGCUACAAGGGGCGCCGUGCUGGUCCUCAUGCACUGGGGAGCAGCCGAGAGAGUGGCUGGGGGGCUGGCUCCCACCGCUGGGAGGAUGGUGACAGCAGGUCCCCAGAGGUGGAGGACACUGACUCAGGAGAAGACAGCCUGUCCACAGAGGACAACAGUCAGUCGGAAGAGCCUGUCACCAGCCAGUCAGAGGAAAAGAGUGCCAGCCGCUCCGAGGAGGACAGUCCCUCCAUGGAGGACGACGGCAGCAAGUCCAGGGAGGGCACUGCCGAACAGUCAGACGAAGAGCCAGGAGAGUCCCCGGAGGACAUCUCCCAGGAAGUGGUGAGCACGUCGAGCGAGCGCAGUGGUAGCCGGUCCCAGGAAGGGCAGGAGGACCGGGAGUCUGCCAAGGACAGGAGUGCACCAUCCGCACCUGACAGUGAGUCCGGGGAAGAUGAGGGUGACCAGAGCCAGUCCACAGAGGACACUGUGGAGCCGUCAAAGGAGGAUGAGAAUGACUCUGACCCUGAUGGGGACAUGCCAAGCACAUCAGCAGAGAGCCAGAGCGCAUCACCGGAAGAUGACGGCAGUCAAGAGGAUAAUGUAGGCGAGGACAGCAGGUCCACAGAGAGCAACAACAGCGAGUCCCAGGAGGAGGAGGAGGAUGAUGAUAAGGACGAGAGCCACUCCCAGGAGGAUGCCACCCGUGAGUCCAGCAGCCGCGGGGAUGACAGCUCACUGCAGAGCCUGGAGAGCAGGAGCCGCAAACGGUGGCCGGGUGCCUACCACAACAAGCCUGCUGCUGACUACGAUGACAACGACUGCCAGGAUGGGUACUGACGUGUGCCUCACAGCCUCGUCGGUGCUGGGGGGUAUGGGGGGAGGAGGGGUUUAAUUUAUUUGCUAUAUAGCCUGGUUGACUUCUUUCUGAGAAGAUGCUGUGGAUAAAACAGAGGCAGGUUUGCCAGGGCUCAACCUGGGCACAACUACACAGGGUGCAAAGUGGGGGGUUAUGCCAGACUCAGGGGAAAAUGCCAAACCACAGCAAGAAAAACCAUUUCCUAUACCAAACCAGAGAGCAGCUGAGAGCUGUGAGUGCCAGCAGGGUGAUGCUGCCUGCUUGCCACAAGGGCACAGUGGUGGCUCGGCUCUCUGGGAGCCAUGCCUGAGCAUGCUGGGCAGAAAGAUCCCUGUGUUCACCUCUUGUAUUUACCUACCACUGCCCUAAAAGCAUCUGCCCAGACUCCAAUGGGAGCUUUCCGUUAGCUACAUGUCCUGCACAUAAGCAGCAAAAGCUACAGCUGGUGUGCACACGCCGUGCGUGGGCUCAGCGGUGUGUGAAGUACCACUUCAGAAUGGGGUGUAUGUAAUAUUUUGUAAGAAAUGUACAGAAAACAUUAUAUUGUAUCCUUUUUGCACUUGUAUUUCAAAGCUGAAAUGUACCCUGUUGAUUUCUUUAAUUACCAUUAAAACCAACGAACUCCACAA